UACACAGUGAUGUAUUGUCAUUACGUCCUACUACUCCCAUGCGGCCUCCAGAAGAGACCCAGGCGGCUAAAGUCGCCCAGAUGAUUAAUUUCGUAAACACGUUAAAGAAGCGCGUCAGUUUUCUAGGAUAUGACAAACGCAGAACAGAAUUGGCCCACGUAGAAGAAAUUAAGCCUUGGAUUGAGAAUCUAUACAAAGUUCUAUUGUCGAAAGAGGAGCAGACGUCAAGAGAAUAUUCCCAGAAGCUGGCAAACAUGGCGCGGUACUACGUCAUUAACAAUCCAGAGGUACUGGACGAGUUUGGCAAGAAGAAGAUAAAGAGGAAGAAGGAUAUUAGGAGACCGUCAUACGAGUCUGCAGCAUCCUCAGAUCCUGUGUCUAAGUCGGAGAGUUCUUCUGUAGAACCUAGAUACAAGGGUCUAGGGCCGAAGAGCUUGAAGAGACGAUACGACAUGGAAUUUUUACCUGAUCCAGAAGCCAAUCCCAAAGAAUUCAACAUUGGUAAGAAAGAAGAUGAAUUUGGACAGCUGGUUCUAAAAAACUCUGAAGAAAAAGAUGUAAUAUUCCAACCUGUUGGCGAAAACGGACCGAAGUUCGAACCCGAUUUAGACUUUAACAUCAACGAGAAGGAAAACGUUAGACCAAAAUCAAUUUUCGGAGAGAUAUUAGACAAUGUCAAAAGCUCUGAAAUUGAGAUAACAACUGAAAGUGCACCAACAACAGAUUACAAUAAAGACCAAAAUGUCGUGAAGGGAAAAUAUAUCAAAGCAGAAGAAGAAGAGAUAAAAAAUGACAAUCAUAAGAGAAAACCUCUUGAACCUAAAAUAGAUGACGGAGAUUAUGACAGAGGGACAUACCAAAACCAUAGACCAGAUGACAUGUCACCAAAAAAAGAAGGAAAUGAGACCAAAACUGAUUUAAACUAUCGGGUAGAAGAAAUUAAAGAAACUGAAUUAAAUAACUACUUAAAAGGAUAUGGUCACCAAAAAAGAUUUAAAGAAGAACAAAGACUAAAAUCUGUAGAAGUAAACAAUAAACAGAAGAAUAAUGGUGCACAAGAUGUAACAAUUGACCCACACAGAACUGACCAACAUAAGGAUGUAGAUAACAAUGAGACAAUCGACCCACACAAACAUAAAGAUUUAAAUAAAAAUCAGCAAAAUGAUGAAAAAACUGGAUCUAAAGAACGAAAACCUCAAACGAACCAAUGGGAUUUAAAAGGCAAAGAGAAUGAAUAUAAAUACGAAGGCAACGAAAAGAUUAAAGACCAAAACAACGAUGACCAUAAAAGAAAUCUUAACGAAAACGAGGACAAAUUUAAUAAAAACAACAAACCACGUCUUGACAAUGAGAAUAAUGGGAAUAAAGAUAACAAUAAUCAAAAGUAUGACAAUGAGAACCAGGACAAAAUUGGAUGGACUAGAGAUGAUGAUAGAAAUAUAAAAGAUAGAGAUAAUGUUAUGAAGGAUCAUCAUGAAGAUAGGAAUCAGAGAAACCUGGAGCAAAGUCAUAAUGACUACGACAGACUUAAUGAUGAACAAAGAUAUGAUGACAAAGACCAGAAAAAUAAUGAUGAAGGUCGAUAUGAUGAUUGGAAUACUAAACGCAAUGAUAGAGAUAGAAAACGUAAUGAUUGGGAUAAUAAAGAAUCGAAUAUGAAUAAAAAUAACGAUUGGGGCUCAAACAACAAUGACCGGAAGAACAACAACAACAAGAAAAAUGAUUGGGCAACUAACAACGAUAAUUAUGGUAAAAAAAAUGAAAGAAAUGAGAAAAACAUCGACUGGGAUACAAAAAACUAUGAUGGCGACAAUAAAAGAGACGACUCGAGCAUAAAGCAAGAUUGGAAUACAAAAAAAGACGCCUGGAAUGAAAAACAAAGCUGGAACACAAAAAAAGGUAAUUGGAACACUGAAAAAGACGAUUGGAAUACAAACAAAUAUAAUGCAGACAAUAAUAAUAACCAAAAUUAUAAUAGAUAUGAUUCAGACAGAAAUAAUAAUGGAGAUAAGAGACAUGAUAUUGAUAACACUAACUAUUGGGAUAGAAAUGAUAAAACUAAGAGAAAGGACAAUUGGGACGAUGAUGCAGAUUGGAAAAAAGACAAUAAAAAGAACAGGAAAAAACACAGCAUGGAAAAAAAAGAAGAGUGGAAAGAAUACAGCGUUGACAACAAAAAGAAGGUUACUGAUGAACCAAAAAACAAUUGGGACACAGUUGGAACUAAACAGAAGAAACCAAAAGGCGGAGGACAUAAAAAGAAAAAGGUCUUAAAACAAGGCCCCGUUGAAGUUUUUAAACCAAUUGAAAAAGACUGGAAUUUAGAUGCGGAACCAGUUAAACAAAAAACUCCAAGUUCGUGGGACGAUUAUGUCCCAAAAAAUAAUGACAAUGAUGAUUAUAAACCGAUAAAAAAGAAGAAACGCGGUAGCUAUGAAAGAUCGAAAAACAGUCAGCCUAAUCACUCAGCUUUUGGGCGCACGCCUAUCCCUUUUGCCGGCAAAAAACGUAUUUAUGCUGAUAAAUAA